GACAUCACCGUUAAGGGAGGGGUGUGGGAAUUGGAAACAGUUCAAUGAUUUCAGCCAAUAGCGUGAAGGCGUUGUGAAUCGUCAUCAGGUUGCAUUCAGAUAAUCCGAUUUGGCCAAAUAUCUGGGGACGUGUUAGGGCACCGGGAAACAUGUCUUCUCUCUGGGACGCAGUUUGUUUUCCUCCAAGAAUCCGAGUGCGAUCCAAGACGUGAAAUAAAAUCCAAGCGGAAAGAUCUUGGGGUGUUCAAUGCCAAAGUUGCCGUGUUGACGACCGGAUGACUUUAGGUUUUACGAGGGGCACCUGAAUGCACCAGCCGGGGAUGGGUUGGGAUGGGAUUGCUUCCCAGCCGGGACGCUUCAUUUCAUAUAUUGCUGCUGCUAGUGUUGGUCCCUCCGCUACCCGCCAGCGUGGGCAGGAAACACGGAGGCGCGUGAAGGUCUUCUUCGGUCCAGAUGGCAGCCAUCAGGAAGAAGCUGGUGAUCGUGGGAGACGGCGCCUGCGGCAAGACCUGUCUGCUCAUCGUCUUCAGUAAGGACCAGUUCCCGGAGGUCUACGUCCCCACGGUCUUUGAGAACUACAUUGCUGACAUUGAAGUGGAUGGCAAACAGGUGGAACUGGCGCUGUGGGACACGGCGGGCCAGGAGGACUACGACCGAUUGAGGCCUCUCUCCUACCCCGACACGGACGUCAUCCUCAUGUGCUUCUCCAUCGACAGCCCCGACAGUCUCGAGAACAUUCCGGAGAAAUGGACGCCCGAAGUGAAACACUUUUGUCCCAACGUCCCCAUCAUCCUGGUGGGCAACAAGAAGGACCUCAGGAACGACGAGAGCACGCGCCGAGAGCUGGCCAAGAUGAAACAGGAGCCGGUCAAGUCGGACGAAGGCAGAGACAUGGCCAACCGCAUCGGCGCCUUCGGCUACCUGGAGUGCUCGGCCAAGACCAAGGACGGCGUGCGGGAGGUGUUUGAGAUGGCCACCCGGGCCGCCCUGCAGGUGCGCAAGCGCAAGAAGAGGAACGGCUGCCAGCUCCUGUAAGGGGGACGCGUGAAAGACCGACGACACCGCACGCCUGUACGAGCAAGACACUUUGUGGGACCUUUGCUCGGCUUCUCACACCUUUGGUUGAAGCCAAGGACUUGCCACUCUCUCUCUCUUUCUCCCCCCUUCCCUCCCUCCGAAAUGUCUUUGUAGUCAUGUGCAUUGACUUGACAAAUACAUCACAUCUUCAUCUGCA